UUUCGCAUGCUCAGAACUCCACAGGCUGCAGCAUAUCGCACACCGAGCCGAUGCCCUUCGCAGAGAAACAAUAGUGUUGACUGCGUCCGCGAUACGAGGAAUCCAUCAAAGAGCCUCGAACGAAAACCGCGUAUCGAGCCGACGUAACCUCGAAAAAGAUCAAUCUCUGCUAUUCGCUUCGACCCAUUGGCUCGAAACGUACAUCUGUGCCGGAUUCCAUGGUUUCACCCCUCGCGCGACGAACGUAUAAACCCAACCGAGAGAUGUUUUCUCGCGAGAUCGUCGGCCAAACUGUUUCAAUUGCGUUAUACUUGUAGUUUAUUCCAAGGAAUAAUCUUUUACAGAAGAUCCUUGUUGACCAAGCGGUUCUUUUACGUGUUGCUAGAAACGGUCGGUGAUAGUGCAUCCGUCGGUUGUCAUGAUGUUCUCGUGGUCGUGGAAAGUGCGAGAAAAGUGAGAAGUAGUGUGCUUAAACCCUAUCAAGUGCAUCGCGUACACACAUUUACGUACACACGACACAAGCGAAGGGAUGACGAUGCUACUAUCAGGAGGGAACCGAAUACAGCUUCCUUGAUCCACGAAUAUUCGCCGAGAAGCACCCUCGUUCUUGGUCCAGCUUAAACGCCGGAUACAAGGCGCAGUGAUAUGUUAACCGAGGACAAUGAUCCGACGAAACCAGCAGGCGUUUUAGACAAUGCUGGCAACGUGUCUUCGUCGACAGAGGCCUCGGUACAGCACCCUCGAGCCGCAAACAAUGAAACGGAAGUCAAGAACGAGGUGCAAGAUUGUCCCGAAAACGACAGCGUGCCCAGCGGGGAAUUAUACAUCGACGAGAAUGCCGAGGAAAAGGAACAAGAAUAUCCGGAUUCUAUGGAAAAGGCGGACUACAGUUCGUUGUACGGAGCCAAUCAAUAUUAUAACAGUCUGUACAACUCACCUCCCUACGGGACAACCACAGCCGGGAAAAACACCUCGGGCUUGCAAAGUUCUUAUCUGACCUCAUACACGACGCCCAGCUCCAUGUCUCAAUAUUCAUCUUACGCUACAUACAACAGCGGCACCACGAAUUUCCCCAACGUGGCUCAAAAUAUAUCACCGUCUUCACAGAAGCUAGAUUACAGCGCCUACAGUAGCAGUUUGUAUGGAAAUGACAGGGUACCAUUACAGUAUUCCGGAUAUUACCCCAUGCAUGGUUACCACACGACACCCGCUUCGUUUAACAUUGGAAACCUAAAUUUUGCUGAUUCGACAAAGUCUGCGCUCACGUUGGACGCAACAACUCACGAUGCCAGCGAUCUUACCGCACGAGAAACCGCAAACAUCGAAGGUAACACGAUUCGAGCGACAGCGAAACCUUGCAGACGCGGAAGACGCCAGAGCGGAAGUGGAAACAGUAUAGGUUCUGCGGAUACGACAGAAGCCGGUCCUGACCGGAUAUUCAUCUGGGACCUGGACGAAACCAUAGUUGUAUUUCACUCCUUGUUAACUGGGCAAUUUGCAACGAAGCACCGUAAGGAUCCGGUUCUUUUGGGCCAAGUGGCGUACAGGAUGGAAGAAAUGAUAUUCAAUUUGGCUGAUACUCACUUCUUUUUCAACGACGUCGAGGAUUGUGACCAAGUACACAUCGAUGAUGUAUCAUCAGAUGAUAAUGGGCAAGACCUGUCUUCUUACAAUUUUGCUAACGAUGGUUUCCAAUGCGCGUCUGCGAACAACGGUAUAUGUUUGGCUUCCGGUGUUAGAGGUGGAGUCGAUUGGAUGCGAAAAUUAGCCUUUCGCUAUCGAAAAAUUAAAGAGAUCUAUAAUAAUUAUCGAAACAAUGUCGGCGGUUUAUUGGGUGCUGCAAAACAAGAACAAUGGUUACAACUACGUUCUGAGAUUGAAGUGCUCACCGAUAACUGGUUAACGUCAGCUGUAAAAUGUUUAAGUCUCAUAAAUAAAAGAAGUGACUGCAUUAACAUUCUGGUUACUACCACGCAAUUAGUACCGGCUUUAUCUAAAGUACUGCUUUUUGGGAUUGGCGGAAUAUUUCCAAUCGAAAAUAUUUAUUCGGCCUCGAAAAUCGGAAAAGAGAGCUGCUUUGGAAGAGUAGUUGCGCGAUUUGGUCGAAGAUGCACAUAUGUGGUAAUAGGUGAUGACUCUGAUGAAGAAACGGCAGCACGUGCCCAUAAUUUCCCAUUUUGGAGAAUAAACAGUCACUCGGACACACAGUCGUUAUACAACGCCUUAGAAAUGGGAUUUCUUUAAGCAGAGGAUACGUUUAUAAAGCGAAUAGGUUUACGGGGGGAAGGAAAAUUUGGGAAAGUAUGUCCUAAACGAGAAACAUCUUACAAUUAGUCAUAACGGGGGCUUAUACAAGAUAUUUCUAUAUUCUUUACAAUCGAUAAUGAGAGUAUAAAAAAAGACGCUUUUAUCGAGUGAACCUUUUAAACAUUCCUAUUAUUUAUCGAUCGUAAUAUGUAAAUUGAGGAUCGGCUGUUCCUCUAAGAUCGCCAUACACGAUCAUCGAUCGUAAUCUAUUUGUCGAUCGUCAAAUGUGAUCGAUCGGAGCAGGGUCCACAGGUGAUAUACAAUGAAAGUAAAAGAAAGUAAUGAGACAAAAGUGAAAAUUAAAGAGUUAUAUAUAAUACGAAUAUUUCUAAUUAAUUACUGCACAGUCUCGACCAUAUAUAAAAAUUAAUUUGUUGCAAACUGCAAGUAUGUCUCGUGUACUUAAACGUGUUGCGUUUCUUGCUCUUACAAAUGUACGUAUAAAAACUAAACUGGUCGAAAAGAAAUUAGAUUCACAAGCAGGAUGCUGUUACACGUAACAUUCAUUAGUUAAUAUUUUGAUCGAUGUAUAUUUCGAAACAUUACGGAAAUUUUAUAUGAAUAUUGUGAUACGGUUUAAUCCAAUUAUUUAAUUAUAGCAUGAUAGCAGUAAAUGUAAUAAAGCAUGGUCAAACGGAUACUUUUUAACAGUAGUUUGUGAAAGAUAUAGUCACCGUUUUAUUAGUUACAUUAUAUAAAAAUAUUUGACUGAAAUAUCAUGCAUUCUUAACAUUAAUUUCUUCGUACAUAUUGAAUAUUAAUAAGAAUAUUUAGGUACCUAUGUUUUUUAAUUCUUCAUAUCGUGGCGUGGUUUAGAAACUUCUUUUUAUAAUUUCAAAACCUAUUCCGAAUUAUCUUUAA